AUGGCAGCGAUGAGAGGGGCACUCCUGCUGCUGCUCUGCGUCUCCCACACGUCUGCCAGUUGCGGCAUCCAGAAAAGCAACAUUGCGGUCACUUCCGAGGAGGGUUUGGUGGAAGAGAAGGAGUUCCCGUGGGUGGUGUCGCUGCAGGAUUCUCAGUACACCCACCUGACUUUCGGCACCAUCCUCAGUGACUUCUGGAUCCUCAGCAUCGCGUCCACCUUUCAGAACAGGAAGGAUGCUGUGGCUAUAAUUGGUAUAGCUAAGAUGGAUGCAAAACUGAUCGCUCAUGAAGAGUAUCCUAUCAACACCAUCAUCAUCCAUGAGGACUUCGACAAUAAGACGAUGAGAAAUAACAUAGCCCUCCUGAAGACAGACACGGCGAUGCAGUUCAACAGCCUGGUCCAGCCCAUCUGCUUCCUCGGCCGAAAGCUGAACAGGCCGCCACUCCUGCUGAAUUGCUGGGUGGCAGGAUGGAACCCCACAUCUGCAACAGGAAAUCACAUGACAAUGAGUAUCCUGAGGAAAAUCUCCGUGAAAGACAUUGACUCGUGUCCCUUAGACAGAGUGCAGAAAACAGGAUGUGGCAACCACCUAGAGAUGGAGACCAACGCUGUCUGCUUGGGGGACCCGGGAAACCCAAUGAUGUGCCAGCUGAAGGAAAUGAGUCUGUGGGUGCUGAGAGGAAUCCUGUCCCAAGGAGGGGAGAAAUGCCCGGGCCUGUUUCUGUACAUCAGGGUGGAAGACUACAGCGACUGGAUCACGUCCAAAACCAGGAGGACCAGCUCCCCCCUGUCUUCCUUCCAUCACUGGGAGAACCCCAGUCCUUUACCCAGCUACUCAUCACGGGAUCUCAUCACACACAGAAAACAGGCUGGGCUGAGCCAGCUUGCGUGGCCCCGACUAUCCUUGCAAGGACAAGAAAGCUCACAAUGGGCAAGGGGGCUUCCGGGCACACUGUACCGUAUGAAAAGGCUGCGGACUUAG